GCCCGUCUACUGGCUGCGGUAGAGUUUCCAGGAGUGGCGUUGCGUAUGCGCGCGCAUCGCGCAACAGUGUAAUCGCGGGUGUGUGUUGUUCUUCGUACUCCGGAGCCUCCGUAGCACCGGUUUCUCACCCACCGGAGCUUGGAAUGUUCCCGGAACUUAAUAACCUUCUGAACACCACCCUUCCCGGGGUGGAGCAGGGAAAACUGACUUUACUCUGUGAUGCCAAGACAGAUGGCAGUUUCCUUGUCCACCAUUUUCUUUCCUUCUACCUCAAAGCUAACUGUAAAGUCUGCUUUGUGGCACUUGUCCAGUCUUUCAGUCACUACAAUAUCGUGGGACAGAAGCUGGGUAUCAGUCUGACCAUGGCAAGGGAACGUGGGCAGCUUGUAUUCCUUGAGGGUCUCAAGUCUUCAGUGGAUGUCUUCUUCCAGGCUCAGGAGGAGCCACACCCGCUGCAGUUUCUCAGGGAGGCCAGUGCUGGGAACUUGGAACCAUUGUAUCAGUUUGUACGGGAGGCCUUGAAACCCGUGGGUAAUGAGGAGGCUACCUGGAGGUGUCCAGUGCUGCUGGUGGAUGACCUCAGUGUGUUGCUGAGCCUAGGCUUGGGGGCAGUGGCUGUGCUGGAUUUCAUCCACUACUGCAGAGCCACUGUGUGCCAGGAGCUAAAGGGAAAUGUGGUGGCCCUGGUACAUGAUAGUGGAGAUGCUGAAGAUGAGGAGAAUGACAUCCUGCUGAAUGGCCUCAGUCAUCAGAGCCACCUAAUCCUGAGAGCUGAGGGCCUGGCCACUGGUUUCUGCAAGGAUGUACAUGGACAGCUAAGGAUCCUUUGGCGGAGACCAUUGAAGCCCACAGCCCAGCGGGAUCGGAGCCUCACUUACCAAUACAAGAUACAGGAUAAGAGUGUGUCCUUUUUUGCCAAAGGAAUGUCUCCUGCUGUUCUGUGACCUGAUUUAGGGGCAACCAAGGCUCCUUUGGACUGUUUGGGAUGUGGAAGACAAAGCAGCCCCACAGGAUGGGGUCUUCUGCCUUUGUCAUACUGUUUCAGGUUGGACUGGCAGCUCCCCUGUCACCAGGGAGGGGCUGUGAUGGUGUGGGUGCCUUUGUUCCUUUGGGCCCUGUUCAGAAAACAGAGUGAAGAUCCAUGACCCUGAGUGAGGCUGGAUAUUCAACUGCAGCACUUUGGAGCUUUCCAUGUAAAUACACUAUAGCCCCACCUGCUCAUUUUGGGUUAUGUCUUUUAGAGCCAGAGUGGAUUCAGUCUGCCAUCAGGUGAUAACCUGAAUGGCAGGUGUCCAGAGUGACAACUAGGACAACUGUGGCUGGAAUAAAGUGAGUUCUUACACUGGGGCUUCCUGGGGGUUGUGGGGUUGUCUCUUUUAAGUUGAUUUUUUU